UGGUUGAGUUUAUUUUUAUUGGACAGUGCUGCAGCCUAGUGGUGGGGAAUAUCAGUAGGCGCAAUGAGAAAAGUUGGCGGCGCAAAAAACAAAAUUAACUGAAGAUUUUUUAUCAGGGAAGAGAUUUUCUGGGCAGAAUGGCAGGAAGUGGGGCAUUUCCGGUGCACGGAGUUGACUUUUUGCUCUCCCAAUCAGCUGUGGAGAAGGUGAUAGAGAAUGGGGUGAUGAAGGAUGAGGAGAAAGUUAGCCCGGUGAGUUAUACGGUGAAGAUUGUCCAGCAGAAGAAUGGAAUUGAGACACAAGUCUUCGUCUGUGGGGUCUGCAUGAAGGAAUUCCGGUACCAGUACGUCCUAUUCCGGCACUUUACUACCCACACCGAUGCCAAGGUGUACAAAUGUGAUGUCUGCAGCAAGACCUUCCGGCAAACGUCGACACUGCAGCAGCAUAAAGCCAUCCAUAAUCAGGAACGUCCUUUUUCGUGUGAUGUCUGCUGCAAGAGUUUCAAUCGUAUGUCCACGCUGAUCUCGCACAAGAAGACCCAUUCAGCGGAGAAGCCCUACAAGUGCCCCGUGUGCCAGCAUGGUUUCCACCAGAAGGGCAACCUCAGGAACCACGUUUACAUCCACACGAAUGAGCGUCCCUAUCGCUGCCCCUACUGCCCCAGAGGAUUCAAUCAGUUGUCCAAUCUCACGUGUCACAAGAUGAAGACACAUUCCCAGGAGGAGGGAAUUGCAUUUCACUGCAAAUUGUGCAAUUUACGCUUCGCAAAGAAGAGCCAAUUCAAGGAGCACAACAUUCAAGUCCACAAAGGAGCUUCUGAAUCUUCAGAGAAGAAACCAAAGAAAAUUAUUCCACUCGUUUCCGCCUCAACAACAAUCCCCAAGAAUUUCUCUUUUGAAAAGUCCAUUGUGAUCCCCUACGUGGAUACGGAUGCCAUGAGGAAGGUCAAGAUGAAGAAUGAGAUUCCUUUUGGGCUUCUCAAUUCCAAAAACAACAUUUCCAUCCUUAUGCGAAUAUACGAUCUUGGCCAGAAGAGCAUUAUCCGUGAGGCAACACCGGAAGACAUUGUGUCCAUGUCGAAGAUUCCCAUUGUUGCGAUCAUUGAUGAGAAAGAUGGACGCUACACGGUGACGAUGCCCCCGAGGGAUUUUCAGGAUAACAUGAAUAUCAGCGAUGGGAAGAUUUUCUUUGUAAAGCAGGAAAAGAUUGAGGAAGAUCCUCCCACAGCAGCUUGUGCAUCAAAGAAUGUCUUUUUCGGGACAACAGACUCCCCGCAGAAUAGUGGAGACGCUACAGGAAGUCACUUUGUCGAUGGAACACUCGGAGAUAAUUCCUUUAGCAGCCUAAUUGAGGCCAUGAAGAUCGAUGGGCUGUCGCCAGAUGUGCCCAAUAUUGUUAAAUUUUUCGCCCAAUCUCCAGAAGAAGCUAAGCAGCAGCAGACAAUUAAAUGGGAGAAAAUUGAGCAUGCCAAUAAUGAUGAGAUUCUUGGGCCCUAAGAAGGCUUCCAAGAUAGAGAAUUUUACAAUUUUAUCGUGUUUUGGAUUUUACUUUCAUUUUAUUUAACUUAUUCGUUCAAUUAAUGAUUUCAAUGAAAUUAAAAUGAUAAAUUAUGUUAGUUUUUUGAGGAUUUAGAGAGAAAUCAGAGAAAAGAGAAAGAUUGUCCUUAAUUAUGUGACGUCAUUUUGGUAUUUUUUUAAUGAUAAAAUUGAUUCUUUUUAAAUCCUAAUUAUGGGAUUAAAAUAUAAUAUCGAGUGUUAAUUAUUUAAAAUUAAUAUAUAAAUAAAGAAGGUUUUUAAAUAAAAA